GAGUCUCACUGUCGCGAGGCUGGAGUGCAGUGGUGCGAUCUCGGCUCACUGCAACCUCCGCCUCCCAGGUUCAAGCAAUUCUCCUGUCUCAGCCUCCCGAGUAGCUGGGAUUACAGGCCAACGCUACCAUGCCCGGCUAAUUUUUGUAUUUUUAGUAGAGAUGGGGUUUCACCAUAUUGGUCAGGCUGGUCUCGAACUCCUGACCUCAGGCAAUCCACCCGCCUCGGCCUCCCAAAUUGUUGGGAUUACAGGCGUGAGCCACCGCGCAGGCCUUCAUUUUUUAAAAUAAGAAAUAAAUGAAAAAAGAUGAUCAAGACAAACUCUUCAUACAGUGCCCGGUGUACAAAGUAAGAAAUUAACAAUGGUCACGUUUGUGAUUAUUAUUUAAAUACCAAGCAGAUAUUAAAUAUUAGGGCUCAGAGAGGGCAUGCGACCCGCCUGAAUUCACUCAGCUGCAGAGCUGGAAAGAGAACUCAGGCCUUUUUCCCCACGCUGGAAGGGGUAGCUGGGGCGGAGAGGUGGGGGGAGCGGUGAAGAAACCCCAAGCGGCCCAAGCUGUGGGUCUGGGUUGGGAGACUCGCAGGUGUCGGGCGGGGAGGUAAGGUGACCCUUGCCCAGCGACCGCGCCCGCGAGAAACGCAUUCCCAGGCCUCCCGCCCGGGGUCUGCGGGUGACGGGCUAGGGGGAGCAAGGGAACUAGCUAGCCCAGUUUGUCGUCUCCAUGGCGACCGCCCGCGCGGCGCCAGCCUGACAGUCCGUCCGGGUUUUAUGAAUGGGUGACGUCACAAGCCUGGCGUCUAACGGUCUGAGCCGCUUGUUCAGACGCUGACACAGACCGGCCCGGGAAGGGGAGGGGGUAGACUGUAGCUCCGCAGCUGCCGCGCCGUGGGAGACCCUGCUCUGAGGUCUUUGAGAAGAAAAUUAAAAAAGCAGCCAAAAAUGGGAAAAAACAUUAAAAAAAUCACGAACUGUUGCAGGUUCAGGAAAUUUUUGCAAGGGGCUGCAAAUUCAAGGUGGAAUCGAAUGCAGCCUCACUCCACUGCGCUCUAUCUAGUUCACUUCCCAGCCACCCAGCCCCAAACUUACUAGACUUUCCCGAAUUAAUUGCUCGCACCCGGGAGGGAUAUGGGUAGGCCCUCCGGGUCUCAGGAACACGAACAGCAACAUUAUCUAGGAAUUGAGAAAGCCCAGGGGAGCAGAUAUAAAGGAGCGCCCGCUUUAAAUUUCGGUCCUGAUAUUUGUAGAUCAGGGUCCGAGCAGCAUCUUCCAAGAGGGUCCGGAAACCCAAGCUCUCUGGGCUAUCCAGAGCCAGCCGCUUCUCCGUUCGGGCCUCAAUUUCUCUCAUCUGUGAAAUGGAGCUGGAGAAGUGAGAAAGUGAAUAUGGGAAAAACUGAUUCCUGAGGUCUUUUCAUUAUAAGGCAAUGCCGGCUUAGCUUCCUUGCCUCCUUCCAGAGGAGCCCAGUGCGGCCCUCGCCUCUACCCGCUGCCCUGCCCGGUGCCCUGCCACCGACCCACCCUUGCUGUUCUGAAACUCGGGUCGUCUUUCCACACUGCGAGCAGGCACUAGACGAGCGGAGGCUGGACCUAGGAGCGCGGGUCACGCCCCCAUGCCGCCCAUUGGCUGCUUUUGAACGUUCUGAGCCCGCCCCUCCGGGGGCCGUGGCGUGUUUAUAAAAGACCAGCUGUGGCUCCGCACUCUCAUUCCACGUUCUUAACUGCUCCGUUUUCUGUAUUUGUUUCGGGUUUCCACCUCAUUCUUUCGCUUUGCCCAUUCUGUUUCAGCCAGUCGCCAAGAAUCAUGAAAGUCGCCAGUGGCAGCACCGCCACCGCCGCCGCGGGCCCCAGCUGCGCGCUGAAGGCCGGCAAGACAGCGAGCGGCGCGGGCGAGGUGGUGCGCUGUCUGUCUGAGCAGAGCGUGGCCAUCUCGCGCUGCGCCGGGGGCGCCGGGGCGCGCCUGCCUGCCCUGCUGGACGAGCAGCAGGUGAACGUGCUGCUCUACGACAUGAACGGCUGCUACUCACGCCUCAAGGAGCUGGUGCCCACCCUGCCCCAGAACCGCAAGGUGAGCAAGGUGGAGAUUCUUCAGCACGUCAUCGACUACAUCAGGGACCUGCAGUUGGAGCUGAACUCGGAAUCCGAAGUUGGGACCCCCGGGGGCCGAGGGCUGCCGGUCCGGGCUCCGCUCAGCACCCUCAACGGCGAGAUCAGCGCCCUGACGGCCGAGGCGGCAUGCGUUCCUGCGGACGAUCGCAUCUUGUGUCGCUGAAGCGCCUCCCCCAGGGACCGGCGGACCCCAGCCAUCCAGGGGGCAAGAGGAAUUACGUGCUCUGUGGGUCUCCCCCAACGCGCCUCGCCGGAUCUGGGGGCGAACAAGACCGAUCGGCGGCCACUGCGCCCUUAACUGCAUCCAGCCUGGGGCUGAGGGACUGGCGAGGAGAGGGCGCUCCUCUCUGCACACCUACUAGUCACCAGAGACUUUAGGGGGUGGGAUUCCACUCGUGUGUUUCUAUUUUUUGAAAAGCAGACAUUUUAAAAAAUGGUCACGUUUGGUGCUUCUCAGAUUUCUGAGGAAAUUGCUUUGUAUUGUAUAUUACAAUGAUCACCGACUGAGAAUAUUGUUUUACAAUAGUUCUGUGGGGCUGUUUUUUUGUUAUUAAACAAAUUUAGAUGGUGGUAAA